AUGGGCCGAAAAUUCUUUGUUGGUGGAAAUUGGAAGAUGAAUGGUAGCAAGAAAAGCAUCGAUGAAAUCGUUGCUUUCAUGAAUGCCGGACAAUUGAGUGCUGAUACUGAGGUUGUUGUUGGUCCUCCAACAUGCUACCUUGAGUAUGCUCGAAGUAAACUGAACCCAAACAUUGGAGUUGCUGCUCAAAACUGCUAUAAAAAGGCUUCUGGAGCCUUUACUGGUGAUAUUAGCCCAGCCAUGAUUAAAGAUAUUGGGUUAAAAUAUGUCAUCUUGGGUCAUUCUGAGAGGAGAAAUGUCUUUGGAGAGUCAGAUGAGUUAAUUGGUGAAAAAAUUGAGCAUGCAGUCUCAGAAGGUUUGAUUGUUAUUGCAUGCAUUGGAGAAACACUUGAAGAAAGAGAAGCUGGAAAAACUGAAGAAGUUGUAUUCAAGCAGACAAAAACCAUAAUCAAACAUGUAAAGGAUUGGUCAAAGGUUGUUAUUGCUUAUGAACCUGUCUGGGCCAUUGGUACAGGCAAAACUGCCACACCUGAACAGGCUCAAGCUGUACAUGAAAGUCUGCGUAAGUUUCUUGUAGAGAAUGCUUCAAAAGAAGUUGCUGACAAUGUCCGCAUUCUUUAUGGAGGUUCGGUAUCUGCUAGCAACUGUAAAGAAUUGGCAACUAAACCAGACAUUGAUGGCUUUUUGGUUGGUGGUGCUUCUCUGAAACCAGACUUUGUCAAAAUCAUCAACGCCCGUUCCUAA